AUGCAGCAAAGUAAAGAUAUCGAUAUUAAUAAAACAACUAGAAAACUCUUUAAAGUUCAACGUGCGAAAUAUGCUUGUAUCCCAUGCCGUAAAUCUAAAAAGAGAUGCGUUAGAAAUAUAUCUAAUAAAAAGCAAUGUGAAAGAUGCGAAAAAUAUGGGAAAAGGUGUGAUUAUGAAACUGACGGUAUUUUAUGA